GUCCCACUGUACGACCAAGCAGCACUUGCUCCAUCCAGCGCUGUCGUUCGUUCUCUUUUGCAACACCAGCACCGACCCGAAUCCCACCAUCUCGCAUCAACCCACUCCCAAAACGAACCCAAUCGAACCACCAUAUACACUGUAACAAGCCACGAUGGUCCAGAUUAGCGAGGUGCGCGGCAACAGUCGCGACAACCGCACUGCGGCACACACGCAUAUCAAGGGACUCGGUCUCAAUUCCCAUGGCAUUGCUGAGAAGCAGGCUGCCGGGUUUGUCGGCCAGUCGAGUGCCCGUGAGGCCUGCGGUGUUGUCGUCGACCUCAUCAAAGCACACAAGAUGGCCGGCCGCGGUGUGUUGCUAGCGGGCGGCCCCGGCACCGGCAAGACGGCGUUGGCUCUCGCCAUCAGCCAGGAGCUUGGCACGAAAAUCCCAUUCUGUCCCAUCACCGGUAGCGAAGUCUACUCGACCGAAGUCAAGAAGACCGAGAUGCUCAUGGAGAACUUCCGCCGCGCCAUCGGGCUCAAGGUCCGCGAGACCAAGGACGUCUACGAGGGCGAGGUCACCGAGUUGACCCCGGAGGAGGCCGAGAACCCGCUCGGCGGCUACGGCAAGACCAUCAGCACGCUGCUGAUCGGGCUCAAGAGCGCUCGCGGCCAAAAGAAGCUGCGCCUCGAUCCCAGCAUAUACGAGGCCAUCCAGAAGGAGCGCGUCCAGGUCGGCGACGUCAUUUACAUCGAGACAAACACGGGCGCCUGCAAACGCGUCGGCCGGUCGGACGCCUACGCCACCGAGUUUGACCUCGAGGCUGAGGAGUAUGUGCCGAUUCCUAAGGGCGAGGUCCACAAGAAGAAGGAAAUUGUCCAGGACGUGUCGCUGCACGACCUCGACGUGGCAAACGCCCGCCCCCAGGGUGGCCAGGAUAUCAUGUCCAUGAUGGGCCAGCUGAUGAAGCCCAAAAUGACCGAGAUCACCGACAAGCUGCGGGGUGAGAUCAACAAGGUGGUCAGCAAAUACAUCAACCAGGGUGUAGCUGAGCUUGUGCCCGGCGUGCUCUUUAUUGACGAGGCACACAUGCUGGACGUCGAGUGCUUUACCUAUUUGAACAAGGCCCUAGAGUCACCUAUUUCGCCUAUCGUCGUCCUCGCUUCCAACCGGGGCAUGUGCGCCAUCCGUGGCGCUGAUGAUCUCGUAGCGGCCCACGGCGUGCCCCCCGAUUUCCUGACCCGUCUCCUGAUUAUCCCCACCCACCCGUAUGAACCCGAGGAGAUUAAGCGUAUUGUGCGCAUCCGGGCUUCUACCGAAGGUGUCCAGAUCACGGAUGCCGCCAUCGAUAAGAUUGCGGAGCACGGCGUGCGAAUCAGCCUUCGUUACUGCCUCCAACUGCUGACCCCUGCGAGCAUCCUCGCACGCGUCAAUGGCCGCGCCCAGAUCGAUGUGCCGGAUGUUGCGGAGUGCGAGGACCUCUUUCUGGACGCCCGACGCAGCGCCAACGUGCUGGCUAGCGAAUCUGGCGCCGGCUUUAUCUCAUAAUUGCAUUGGUCGUCGGUUAG